UAGGUUCAAUGCAGUCCAGCAUUUGAUAUCCUUGGUCUACAAGAACAGGAGAGGAGAUAAAUCUCCCAAUUCUAGCUUUCUGAACAAGUUCUUCUAGGAUUUGGACACAACCACUCAAAUUCUGUGUAUCUGUGCUCAGAGAUUUAAGUUGGACCUCAAUGUUGGAAUUUAGCUAAGAAGUGUGGCAAAGACUUUGUGGAUCUCCAAUUAAGAAAAAAAUGAGUUUCUCAGCAAGUAAUCUUCAUGGAGGUCCUUUUUCUCCCCUUCGUCUCCUGAGAAAACAUGUAAUCACCCUUGGGAAUGUCUGCACAGACUUCAUGAAGAAUACCAUGCGAUGCUAGUUGACUCAGUAGAUUCUCUUCAUCAAUGUGAUUUUUUAAAAAAGUCCUUCAGAGUUACAGAAGUCAUUUCAUCUUGAGCCUAUCCAGCCACUUGCUUCAGGGGUUACUGCAGAAAUACCAUGUCUAAGAACACAGAGAUUAUCAAUCUAUCAUUUUUAUUGGAGCAUGAGAAGGAAAUGAUCCUGGGAGUCUUAAAGAGAGAUGAAUACUUGAAGAAGGUUGAAGAUAAGAGAAUAAGGAAGCUGAAAAAUGAGCUUUUAGAAGCAAAACGGAAAGGUGGGAAGAGGCAGCAAGAUGGCGGCAGGACUUGUGUUCGAUGUCAGAAAAAUUUGGGCUUGAUUUUUGACCGGGGGAAUGUGUGCCAAGCAUGUACCCUCCGAGUUUGCAGUGAGUGUCGGAUUGUGGGCAUCGAUGGCAAUUGGAAAUGCACCGUCUGUGCCAAGAUUGCGCAACUUAGGAUUGUAACAGGUGAAUGGUUUUUUGAAGAACGGGCAAAGCGCUUCAAACAAGCCAACAUUCUGGGAACAGAUGUUGUCAGACAGUCCAUUCUAAGAAGGAGUCCAGUUGAAGGACGACAAAACCAAGAGCAAGCCCUCCAGGAUGCUCAGAAGCCGGAUGCUUCGGCUUGCUCAGGGCAGAAGCCCACACCAGAUGGACCCAAGAAGAAGGGAUUUCUACUUAGCAAGUUCAAAUCAGCAACCCGAGGGGAAAUCAUAACUCUGAAAACUGAGAGUGGAAGGAGCUACAGCUUGGACCUGAACUCUUCUCAUUUUCAUAACCCAAGGUCAUCAUCUGGUUCUGACAGGGGAAAUGUCUCACCAGACAUCAGCAAACAGGAGGCUAAUCCUGUGAGCCUGAAAGGGAACCAGGGCAAUGGCACCCUGCCUCGGACACAGAGGUCACCAGCCCCAAGUACCCGCAGCAUGAGUUCGGCUAGCAGCAGAGAUCAUGGUUUAGAAAAUGCCAUGGUUGUGGCUGCCAGUGAAAGCAUCCCUGAAAGUUUAACAAAGAGGCAUCAGAGGAGAGCUUCAGGAACUCCUUCUAUAGCUAUCUCUGGGGUCUCUCUGUCUUCAGACAGGAGUCGGUCUGAGUUAGACUUGAGUGCGUCAUUUUCAGAAGAAAUAGAGGAUACCAUCAGCAUAAGAAGCAAAUCUGUGCCAGGAGCUUUAGACAAGGACUUGGACUUCUUAGAUGAAACCGAGGAAGAUACUGAUGAUUUACUGUCUUCCCGAUUAUCUCCAAAUGUCAACAGUUUAGCAAGUGGAUUAUCAACCACCAGCCUUAACAGCAUGAUGAGUGUUUAUAGUGAAACAGGGGACUAUGGCAACGUGAAGGUCAGCGGCGAAAUCCUUCUGCACAUCAGCUACUGCUACAAAACCGGCGGGCUCCACAUUUUUGUAAAGAAUUGCAGAAAUCUAGCCAUAGCAGAUGAAAAGAGACAGAGAACAGACGCCUAUGUGAAAUCAUACCUUCUUCCUGACAAAUCAAGAAACAAUAAACGCAAGACCAAAAUCAGAACAGGCACCAAUCCAGAAUUUAAUGAAAUUCUAAAGUAUACCAUUAGCCACACUCAACUAGAAACAAGAACCCUUCAACUUUCUGUCUGGCAUUAUGACCGAUUUGGGCGAAACAGCUUCCUUGGAGAGGUGGAAAUUCCUUUUGAUUCAUGGAACUUUGAAAAUCCAAGUGAUGAAUGGUUUGUGCUCCAGCCCAAGGUGGAGUUUGCACCAGAUAUUGGUCUUCAAUACAAAGGAGAGCUGACUGUGGUCUUACGCUACAUUCCCCCUGAGAAUAACCUAAUGCUCCCACUCGAACAGCUUCAAGGAAAGAAGACCUUUAAAAAGGGAAAGAAGAAAGAGCCUUCUUUGCUCCCUGGGGGACAAUUAGAAGUGCUGAUCAAAGAAGCCAAAAAUUUGACAGCAGUGAAGUCAGGAGGUACUUCAGACACUUUUGUGAAAGGGUACCUGCUUCCCGAUACCACCAAAGCCACCAAACACAAAACUCCUGUAAUCAAAAAGAACGUUAAUCCCCAGUGGAAUCAUACUUUCGUAUUCAGUGGCCUGGAUCCCCAGGAUAUCAAGAAUGUUUGCCUAGAAUUGACAGUCUGGGACAAAGAGGCUCUCUCCAGUAACAUAUUUCUUGGAGGCGUUCGAUUAAACUCUGGCAGUGGUAUGAGUCAUGGAAAGGAGGUGGAUUGGAUGGAUUCUCAGGGCAAAGAACAGCAUCUCUGGCAGAAGAUGGCAAACAGCCCUGGGGAGUCUGUCGAAGGGAUAUUGAUGCUGAGAUCUAGCAUGGGAAAACGUAGACCCUAAGAGGAGAUUGGUUCUGCCCAAAGAUGAGUCUCCAGCUGCCAGCCUGGCAUCUCUGGUCUCAUAGUCUCCUGAAAAUAGCGCAUCUGAUUCCAGCAAUUCCAUUCCACUGGCAUUUUGCACUUACGGAUAUUGGGACAGAUGGGGAAAGACUUCCACGUCCUGAAUGUUUGGGUGUUUUUGUUGUGUGACUUACAUAACCUAUAUAUCUACAUGUCCCCAAGCCAGCAUCCUUUUCAUGAUCCUUUUGUCUGAACAUCAAGCGCCCUCUUUUCAUCCUGUAUUGUUGAAGAGUAAUUCAUCCUUGGAUUUCACACACUGGGAGAUUCAAGGGAAAUGGCGUAAGGUCAUAUGAAACUAGGGUAUAGCUAUCAGGUCCCCAACCCCUUCCUGAUGAGAAUCUAAUCUUGAUUUUCCCAAAGUCUUAGGAUUACCUGAGGGUGGAAAGGCAAAGGCUACUGAAUUUAACAGGCAUGAUUACUUAGGGAAGAAGCUGUUGACCACCUUCCGCUCUCCACUGAGUGUCCCCAUGAAGUGAAAGCAGAGCUGGCAGCCCUUAAAAGGCUGAAGCUCAAAGUCUGACUGGUAGGUUGUGAUGAACCUGGCACAAAUAUGUUUGCCAUCUAUACUAACCUCAAAGGAGCCUAAAAUGAUUCCCUCUAUAUGCCUCUGCCCUUUUGUUUACAUUCACUUUCUGGCAGUGACUUCCAUAUUAAAUGAAGAGAAUCUUCAGUACCUCUUCUGCCCCACUAUGGGACAGAACAAGCACAGAUGUUUACCAUGGUCUCUUCCCCCUCCUUCUGUAACUUAGAACCUUUGGACAUUACCCCCAAGACAGAUCCUAUGAGGCCAUCGUGGAUUGAUCAGGCAUCAAACAUGGUUGAAUUAUGGAGCUGUAGAGCAGGAAGGGACCUCUCUGGCCAUCUGGUCCGUUUUACAGAUGAGUAGUUCAGAAAGAGGAAACACAAUGAGGCAGAGGCAGAGGAGGAACCAGAACCCUGGGACAAAGGACAGUCCAGAGCUUUCCCCACUAUCCCAACUGGCAUCACAGAAUGAUUCCCAGGAGGUACAGAAGUAGGACACCAAGAAGGUAGGUGGGUGAGUCCUGAACAGACAUGAAUAUCAGUAUCUUCAGAAGUCUUCACAUGCCUCCUCUUUUCACCUUUGCAUUCAACACCAUGCAAGCUUCUUUAAGUGCAGAGACUAUUUCAUUUUGUCCUCAUUUCCCAACAUCUACACAUUGGGCCUGACACAUAGUAGAUGGUAAAUAAAUACAUGUUGAUUGUUUGAUUAAUCUGUCCAGUUUG